AUGUCGAUUUCCCACCUGAACACUGGUACGCUCAAGGACUGCGACGCGAAGGAGAACACUACCAUCCGCUUUGAGUGGACUCUGCGCGGACUGGCGAACAUCUUUGACAGCAGCAAGGGAGAGGCGAAGUCGAAGGUCAUCAAGUCCCCCAGGUUCGGAGACGGUCGAUGGCAAAUUCUCUUCUAUGCAAACUCGGGGAACAUAGGAACGGACGGUCAGACCUUUGUCAGUCUGUACUUGUGGUGCGAGCCCACGACUGCAGAAAAAGAAGCUGCCAUCAACGGAAAGUGGUCGCGCGAUGGUUUGUUCAACUUUGGCUUUGAGAUCCGCAAUGUCUCGAAGACCAUGCAGUACAACCACAAGGAGGCCCAUGACCACGCGUUCUAUUAUCCAGGGGCGCAAAACUGGGGAUGGGCUCAAUUUGCGCGCAGAGACCUCGUGUUCUACCAGGCAACCGCCGUUAAAUCGCAAGACGCGUUCAUUAUCAUUUGCACCAUCACUUCUGAGGCUACGAGCCCACUCCCUGUGCCGUCGGUUCCGCGGUACUUCGUGUCGAAGGACUUUUUGGACUCGAUAGGAGGACUCCUUGACGAGGCCCCUGUGAGGAGAAUAUAUGCGGCUCGCAAGCUACUCCAAAGAGUGGACUACUUCGACGCGAUGUUCAGCUCGGGUUUUGCGGAGAGCACUAUCGACGCGGAUGCUGCGGAAUCGGAUGACGCAAGCGUCGUCUCGGAUGUAGGCUCAUACGUGCACCCCGACUCAGAGGCCCACGAAGACAUGGUACUUGAAGACUACAGACCCGCUCACCCCGACCCUCCGCCCUCCACGAAUCCGGUGUCCACCUCCACUGACGACACUACGACGGGAACCCACAGUCCUCGAGAUUCGGAUGAUACUGAAGGUGAAGGGCGGAAUGCGAGGCAGAAUCCCACUCAUCCUUGCACCCCACGCGGUCUCCCCGGCCCCCAGAAAACCAAGGUCGUCAUUCGAGACGUCGCAUAUACCACAUAUCGGGCGAUUCUGUAUUACCUGUAUACCAACACAAUCGUCUUCGCUCCCCUGUCAUCCUCGUUUCUCUCGCCCUCGUUAUCUAGUCUUCCCCAAGUCUCACACUCCACUUCAGUUCCGUCAACCCCGGCGGCGCAUUUGGAGAGCCAGCACAAUCAUUCCUUUUCACUGUCCGCAAUAUCCACGGGAAGUGGACAUCGCACAAGAAGGGAGUGGAUGGUGGAGUGGGAACAUUGCAACCCUGGACGACCACAGCCCCCAUCCGCCAAGUCGGUGUACCGAUUAGCAGAUAAAAUCGGCCUGCAGGAACUCAAGGAUCGCGCGUUCCAGCAUAUCACCAAGUCGCUCACUGUCGACAACGUCACGCACGAAGUGUUCUCCGCCUUCUCUGUCGCGUUCGAGGACGUGCGGAAGGUCGAGCUUGCGUACAUGUUCGAGCAUUGGACCGACGUCCGCAAGGGCUCGAUGCUGUCCAUCGGUCAGCAGCUGCGUUUGGGCCGCAUGCCUGGAUUCGAACAAGUGUGGCCUAUGAUUCUGCAGAACCUGAUGGCGGAAGAGAAGACGGACAGCGAGGCGUCCCGAAGCUGA